AUGGCCCCCAUCAUCUCCAAGAUCUACAUCUACCCCAUCAAGUCUUGCAAGGCCAUCGAGUUGACCGAGUCCCAGCUCUCCAAAUAUGGACUCUUGCACGAUCGCGUCUUCUUGGUUAUCGACCCCGCCACGAACAAGCAGAGAACCAUGCGUGAACUUGCCAUGAUGUCCCAGGCUGAGCCAAAGAUCGAGGGUGACAAGCUUGUUAUCAAUGCCGGCGGCAAGACCCUGACUGUCCCCUUGGUUCCCGACAUCUCCAAUUACGAAGAUCGCACUGUCACUGUCUGGAAGGAUACUUUGGAAACCGCCGAUUUGGGAGAGGAGGCUGCCCAGUUUUUCACCGAGUACCUCGGUGUCCCAUCUCGCCUUGUUUUCAAGUCCCCCAACCACAAGCGUCCUGUCGUCGAGCAUGCUCCUGGUGUCAAUGAGAUCGGUUUCGUCCCUGAGACCGCAUUCGCAGACAAUUUCCCCAUCCUGUGCUUGUCGGAGGAGUCUGUCAAAGACAUCAACACCCAUUUGGAAAACCCCAUCGGAGCCUUGAACUUCCGUCCCAACAUUGUCGUCUCUGGCGUCUCCAAGCCCUUUGAGGAGGAUGAGUGGUGCCUGGUCGAUAUCAAUGGCUUGACAUAUUACUUCACCUGCCGCUGCACCCGCUGCGAUAUGCCCAAUGUCGACCCCGCCACCGGAAACAAGGACAAGUUCCAGCCUCAGAAGACUCUCCAGAGCAUCCGUCGCGUGGACAAGGGGAAGGCUGCCAAGUGGAACGCCUGCGUUGGAAUCAACGCCGUCCCCAGCGCUCACACUGGUACCAUCCGUGUUGGCGAUAUCCUCGAUGUCAAGCAGGUCUUUGAGGGCGACCGUCAGCGUUCUGGACAGUCCGGCUGGACCACCAAGGCCAUCACGGUUGGCGCUUAA